AUGAAAGAGAAAAAUGAAACCGUAUCCGAUGAUGCCACCGCUAUUCAGUUGAGCCGUGCUAAUAGUGCAGAUCUUUCAGAUGAAACCUGGCAAGAUGAAAUCCGGCAGUCUUUGAUCGACUUGUACGAGCGAACAACCAGUGCAUGUCCCGACGCGAUCAUGUUGCAAAUCACGAGUUUCGAGGGAAUCAAGUCAAUCGAUGAAAACCUACCCCCCCUUUUCAAUCUAUUCUUAUCUCCCUGCCCUUCCAAGCCACAGCAGUGGCCACAGCAAGGACAAGAAGCCUUCUGCAGAGUUGAUAGCGAUAUCAGACUGCUCUCUCAUGAGGAAGAAGAAGACGGAGCCAAUAACCUCUGUACUACGCUUCCAACACAUCUUGACCAUCAUCAUGCCCUCCGGAUUGUAUUUGACCACCAGGAUUUCCGCUAUGUGCAUGAACAGCAGGAUUUGCCGUUCCCCAGUGCAAAUACCUACGUCACCCUCCGUGGCUUACUGGAUAAACACGCAUUUCCAAGAGUCGACACGAAUAAUAGCAAACAUUACUCGCUGGGUGAUAGGUAUCUCCUUGGCCUUAAUCUAGCUAAAUCACUGUUCUAUCUGUUCGACGGACCAUGGAGGCCACUCAACUGGAAGACGGAAAACAUUUACUUUCCUGCUACUCAAGCCUCUACCUCGGUAACAGUACACUCUCGCCACAUUCCUUACAUCGCCUUCAGCCUAAGGACUGGAGACGAAAGAGAGAACCAGAUUCAGAAAAGAAAGGAAGAGGCUGAGAGGUUAUGUUAUCCAAUGUGGUUAGCACUAGCUCAGAUCCUUCUAGAGCUUCAUCUAGGGCGCAGUCUAGCUCAUGAAUGUGUCGAGACCCUCGACAACGCCGAACGACGUCAGCAACUUCGUCGGAUUAUUGAUACUGAGCUUCGGGAUGGUGAAUUCAAAUCCUACAAAGAAGCCAUCGAAGCUUGUCUAAGCUUUGGCUUUAAGCUUCUUGUCAACCCGCGGAGAGAAAGGCUAGAAGAGGCGCGCAGGGGAAUCCUCCGACCUCGAUUUGAUGCCAAACCAAAAAUCUCAGAAGGCCGAAGAUAUCGUUGCCUCGUCUCUGAACCUGGGGCUGUUGUUGGCGAGCACAUUCACCAUGGGGCAACAUUAGUCGACAACGAUUUUGAUGAUGUCAAAGAGAGCCUCAAAAAGGUCAAGGCAGAAGAUGUCGAUGAAGAAGACGAGGAAAUAGAAGGCAAAGACCAAGCAUUGGACAAGCAAGAGCUUUGGGUGAUCCCAAUUUAA